AUAAUACAAAACGUAAGUCAAAUAAAAUACGUUACUAUUGAGUGGCACCCACUAAUAAUAAUAACAUAUAUACUAGUAAGGUAUUAUUACAAAAGAAAUGAAACAUUUAAUAUUUAUAUACAAAACUUGAGAUCAUCAAACAUAAAUAAACUCAGAGGACCUUCAAAAAAAAGACAAGACUCCUUCAUUCCUUGCGGAUGAGUCAACUCGGAGAUUUGCUUAGAGAAUCAGAAGAUGGAAGAACAAGAAGUGAGAGGACGACGAUGAUGUUCAGUUUGCUUGAAGACAAUGAUCAAACCGACGGUGGAGAUCGAACGAUGAGCAAAUGGCGUACGUUGAAGCAACGGCUGAGAUUUGAUUGGGUUGCUUGUUGCGGUAAGCCUCUUACUCUGCGUUUCAGACAAUCAGAAACACCACUCGUUGACGACGACGACGAAGAAGAGGAAGAAAGUCAAAUCCGGGUCGUUGACUUUUCGGGUACGGGUUCGGAGUUGGGUUGUUUGACACGUGGCGUGACGAGGAACCUUGCUGAGGCUUUAGCGGAGGAGAGAUUAGCGCACGUGACUGCGGAGACUUCGGUUGUUGCUGCUGCUAAAGUACCGUUGAUGAGGUUGCUUGCGGAAUCGGACGGUUGUGAUUCGACGAUGUCGACGACGUGGACGGGUUGUGAUCCGGUGUGUUGCGUGUGUAUGGGAAGAGAGAAAGGUGCGGCUUUUAUUCCCUGUGGACACACGUACUGUAGAGUUUGUUCAAGAGAGAUUUGGGCUAAUCGUGGGACGUGUCCGCUUUGUAACCGUUCGAUUUUUGACGUUCUUGAUCUUUACUGAAAAAACAAUAUUAUGGAUUCUUAUGAUCCGUUGGAUUGAUGUGAUCGACGGUGGUGAUAUGUUUUAAUUUCUUUGUGCAUAAUUUAUAUUGUUUAGUUACAAAAAGAUGAUUAAUUAAGGAAGUUUACCUUUAGUUAUAAAUAAAUAUUUAUCAAUAGUCUUUUGUCUU